UCAAGCUACCUCGUUUCCAUCUACUUCCUCAUGGCAACUCUCUGCACAGUUGGGUACGGGGACAUCAGCGCAGAGCAAGAUGACGAUCGUAUCCUCAUGAUCUUCGUAAUGCUCAUCGGGGCCUCGCUCUUCGCCAUCAUCAUCUCCAACAUGAGCAACCUCGUC